UCUCUGCUCCUGUCUUCACAUGGCCUCCUCUCCUCUUUUUGUUUGUGGCAACCCUGUGUCAAGCAGCUCUACUGGUGGUGCCAUUUUUCCAACAGCAUUUGCUCACUUCGUGUCUCUAGGUCACGUUUUGACUGGUGUUUCAUCUUGACAAGCUCUCUGUCAUUGCAUAGGAAAGCUGUCUGGCUUGGAGGUUGCAAUCCCAGGGAAUUUUUCAUCACCAGGGAAGUCUCCAUCACUACAGAGGGAUCAAGGGAGAAGUCAGUCCCUGACAGACUUCUUGGUGUCCACUGUACCCAUGGUUUCAACAGGACUGGCUACCUCAUGUGCAGAUAUUUGAUUGAUGUAGAAGGCAUGUGGCCAGAUGAUGCAAUUGAAUUAUUCAAUAGGAGCCGUGGACAUUGCUUAGAAAGACAAAACUACAUUGAAGACCUUCGGAAUGGUCCCAUCAGAAAGAAUCGGGAUUCCAGUGUAUCCAGAACAAGUGGUUUUGAAGACUUAGUGCAUAUGAUGGAAACAGUUCACACAGCUAAUAAGUCUGUUAACCAAGGACCUAAGUAUAACCUACAUCCAACCCCAGGUUACCCAACAUCUCGGCGUUUCCAUACCCAGACCCAAGAUUUUCAGCAAUCAGAAAGAAAAUUUUCACAGAAUCAGAACAUUUACCAGAGAGGCCAUAUUCCUCCUCCUGGUCCCCACGGAGAGGACUGUUUACAAAGGAGGUACUCUUGGAAUGUAAAGCCAAAUGCCAGUCAAGCAGCGCAGAACAGAAGGUUGUAUCCUGGCAGUUACUACAGACUACCCUAUCCUACCUAUUAUAGAUGGACCAAGUGACACAAGCCUACCCUAGAAAUCUAUCUGGAGACACAACAGGACUGAAGACAGCCAGAGUGACUUUUUAUAACAUCAGGUCAAAUGAGGUUUAUAAUCUAUCUUAGUGCUCUCUUAUGUGUUCGAGCUUAAGGAAAAAUUAUAUUGAUAUUUAGCUCCACUGAUAAAUUUGCAAUAUUUACAACAGUGAAGGAAAUAAUCUGUCAUUCCAGUCUUAAUUUUUUUUAAAGGAGGAUGAUAUUUUAGAACUGAUUAAAAAGUAAUAAAGAACAUCCCUUGUAAAUUAUUUUUAAAAAUUCUA